AGACGUAAACGAACAGCACUUGCCAAAUCAUUGCAAUUUCACCUCAGUUGGAAUUAAUCAAGCAAAUAGACAUGACGAAAAAUAAUAUUUUAUUCCGUGUUGGAGCACUAUUUUUCCUAAUUUCAUUAUUUAAUUCGGGUACAGCCAAUAAAUUUGAUGGAACUGAGCUGUAUAGUGUUUCUCCGGAGUCAAGUUCGCAUAAUGACGCGCAUAUAUCUUUGGUGAGAUUGCGUGAAAAGCGCCAGGCACCGACAAAUUAUUCUAAAAAUCAGUAUGACAGUGUGUCACAGAAUGUGAACGCGACUGCCGGUGAUGCUAAAAAGACCACUGAAACAGCUGCCACAUCGAAUAUAUCAUCGAUUGUGGUGCCAUAUAAUGCAGCCGAUAGACCACUUUUGGGUGUAAAUGGUACUGGUCAAAGAAAGGAUGUAGUAGGCGUACAGUUGUCGCAGCCAAAGCCUACAAUUUCCGUUCCCAUCCAAUUGUCGGUAGGUGCAGCGGCCGGCUCACCAACGCUAACUAAAACUACCACGUUAACGCAGGAAACUAAAGUCAUUGAUCAGUCGACUGAAACGGCAGAAGAAAAACUUAUAGAUAACGUAGAUGUGCCUGAUAAUGAAACACUCAGUGAAAUCGAAAAAACGAAUUAUUCGGUCAAUGUUACCAAUGACUAUCACAUCUACUAUAACAGCUCCAUAUACGUCGACCAGGCAGAGGCGGAUCGAGUUUGGGAAUCAGUGAAGAACUCUACACACAAUUCCAUGCUAUCGCAAUCCCACCGACGUGCUAUGACUGUUGAAUUGAAAUUCGAUUUCCCGUUCUACGGUCAUCCUGUGCGAAAUAUUACGGUGGCUACUGGUGGUUUUCUCUACACUGGCGAUUAUGUGCACUCUUGGCUAGCGGCAACGCAGUAUAUUGCACCGUUGAUGGCUAACUUCGAUACAAGUUUGUCAAAUGAAUCGUUUGUACGAACUAAUGAUAACGGCACCGCUUUUACUGUAAUUUGGGAGAAAGUUUCAUUGCAAGACAAAAAAGACGUGGGAAAGUUCACUUUUAGCGUAACUCUACAUGAUAAUGGCGAUAUUGUUUUCAUUUACUAUAACGUACCAAUCGAUAUCAAUGCCAUUCAAGAUGAUAAGCAUCCCGUUAAAGUGGGUCUAUCUGAUGCGUACAUAAUUGACAAGACCGUUUUCUACACACGCAGGAAGACUAUUUAUGAAUAUCAUCGCAUCAAUUUCUCUAAUAACGGUAUAUCGAAUGCAACCGUCAUUUACUUGCAAGCGCUACCCACUUGUCUUGAUUACAAAGACUGUGAGGCAUGCAUAAAUCAUAAGACUUCAUUUGAUUGCGCAUGGUGUCCAACUUUAAAUAGAUGCUCAACCGGCACAGAUCGUAGGAAGCAAGAUUGGCAACAAAAGGGAUGUGAUCGUACGCAAAUCGUUGAUAUAUCUGCGUGCCCUGCACUUGGACAGAAAGGUAACAAUGCACCUGGCAGCAGCAGCACAAAUGCCAGCACGAACACUACACCAACUAAUUUGCCCACUGAAAGUGUUAACAACAACACCGCACAUGAAAGUAGCACGCAUAUAAGUGAGACGAAUAACGCAACGGUUUCUCCAGUACAUGAUGACAACCAGGCGGCGAAAGUAACAAAAGAAGCUUUGGCAACACACGCCGAGUCGAAAAGUAUGGGGCUGGCUCUCGGUUUCUUAGUGCCCAUCUGUCUAGUGCUAACUGUCAUGUUAUGGGUGUUUUAUGCGUACAGAAACCCACACACUAAAAGCGGUCAACUGCUUAUACAGUCAAAGCACUUGCAUCAGUACCGUCCAAGUCAGUGGGGAUGGCGACGUGGAGAGGCGCGUUACACAGCGGCAACGAUUCAUAUGUAAUGUAAUUAUAAAUUUCCCACUCUUUUCCUGGCAUAUGGAAAUGUCAAAACAUAUAUUUCAAUGCUGCUGCAUGUAUUGAACAAUUUAGACAUUUUGUUGAUUGAAUUAAUUCUUUAUAACUGUAAUUUUAUUAAUAACAUUAUGCAAAUGAAAAUCUAUUGGUUCUAUAGUGAAGUUAUUGUACUGUAACUCACCUAUUACUAUUCGCUACCUUUCAAAUUAGUUUCAACUUAAGUGCAAGGACACUCCGAAUAUAACCCGAAAUUAAAACAAACAAGUAGUAAAAAAAUAUAUAUUUGAAAAAACAACUUCUGCUUACACAGAUAGGAAGUUUUUGCAGAGUAUAUAUUCACUUGCAUACAUGUAUAUGGUAAGGUGAAUAUACGAGCGUCCCAAUCAACGUUAUUUCUUGUCGUGUUUAUUGCAUUAAUUUAAUAUAUGUGUGAGUGUUUGUUUUUCGUUACUAAUAUGAUUUAUACCCUAAAUAUAAAUAGUUCCGUACUGUCUGUUUUAUUCAAAAAUUUUAUAAACUAUAAAUUUUUUUAAGCGUUCCAUAGCUAAAUUGUAUAAAUAAAUUUAUUUUAAUUUUCGUUCGUAGAUUUGUAAUUUUUGUUUAUGUAUUUUAACUUUACGUACUUUUAAACAAUUGUUCUUUAUUUCCUUUUUUGUGAAUAUACUUUAAAAAUAAAUGUAUCAACUCUUUAAUGACACUUAUCUAGCUGUGCAUAAGCACAGUUUUUAAAGUAAACCAGAUGUAUUCGGAUUUAAUAUAUAAUUUUUAAAACAAUUACUUUUUAAGCGAUAAACAAACAGAGCAACUUGCUUGCUUCUUAGUAUCAAAUCUUUAAUGCCACUUCUCUAGCUGGGGUUAUGCACAGUUUUUAAUGUAAACCAGAUAUAUCCGGAUUUUAAAUAUAAUUUUUAAAACAAUUACUUUUUAAGAAUAAAAAAAGCGAUAAACAAACAGUGAUAACAACUUAGGGCCAAUUUUUCCAGUGCAAUUAUAACAGAGCGUGUGACUCAUGUUUUCCCCCAUUGCUAUAUAGAAGUAUUUGCCCUUGUCAAAACUAAAUGCAAAAAAAAAUGUUUAUAUUUGUGUUAUUUUUAAAGAUUAAAAAACAGGUUUUUUAUUUGAAUGAUUCAUUCAAUUGCCGAUUGUAAUACAAAUGUUUCCACAUACUUGAUAAGCGCCUUUUUUCAAAACUUUGGCGAAAAAUAAUGUUGGCUUUAUAGCGGUUUUAUUAAAUUUAUUGGAAUCAAGUUUAUAAAAUGUGUAUUAUUUAAAUAAUUUAACUCGGUACACGUUUUACAAACGUUCGAAGGGUUCAAUUAUAUAUUUUUUAGAAAAAUUAUAUUGUAUUAGAAAUAUAGCUGUAAAGGCACUUCCCGUCUGAUAUAUUUUUUAUUUCCAUUGAAGAUUAUAGUAAAUUUUUUUAGUAAAAUUUUACAACGAUCUAUUAUUUAUAAAUUAACGGCGCUUCUAUUAUUGCAAUUUGAAAUUUUGAAAUUUUUAAAAUGACGUGUUGAGUCUCAGCACCCGUUUCCCGUACAGAAUUGCAGGCAGAUAUCUUUAGUAAUGCACAUUAUAUAUAUUUAUUAUUGCAAUAUUCUUAAUAUAUAUCAUACAGCAAUAAAAAUAAAUUACGUAAAUUAGAAGAAAUGUCGAUAGUUGCCGUAUACUUAUGUAUGUGUAUCCAACAAGAAGUCAUAUCAAUAACAUUUUGCCGUCAAAUGGUUAACUAUUGCAUUUGUAAAUGUGUGUGGUUUUAUGUCUAAACGUAGAAUUCCAUGUAGCGUAAUGGUAAAUAUGUAAACACAUUUAAUAUUGGUUGGCAUUUCCCACGAAAAUUGUAUUUUAUUGGAGAAAACAUAAAUAAUUCUAAAAUUACAUUUGCCAAAUAAUUGUUGGUAUGAUUUGAAUAAAGAAUCAUCUAAAAUCUAAUACACUCGUAUUAUCACUACAGAAAUAAACAAAUUUCUAUAAAAGCAAUUCGUCACCUAGUGUUAGCAAACAAUAUUUUCAAAAACAACAUUGUAUAGUAUAUAAAACACCACACACGCCUUAUGUACGAGUAUAUUUGUAUGUUAUAGUUAUUAUGGAAUAAACGUAUAUAUCGACAAUGCGUUAACAACAACAGCAA